AUGCUGUUUACUAUUCCCUACCUUGCACUUCUCCACACACGGCAUGAUAUUCUGCUUCACACUCUCCUUGCAAUUGGCCAUCUCCGUGCAAUUGCAUUGCCGAAUCCACCCAUCCUCGGCGCUCACCCACGGGAACAGCAAUACAAAAGCCAACCAGAACAUGGAUUUGUCUGUCAUGAAUCCAUUGUCAUCUCCAACAAAACUCUUUCUCUUGCGCGCUGGGAUUCGAGGGGGGAAGGGAAAGACGAAUUGGGUUCGAAUCGACUUCCCGAGAGGAGUUCAAGGAGCAAUGACGUGAUCGUGAUGUUAUCGACUCUCCCCUCUGCAACAGCUCCCAGCACAAUCUCAGUUGGAGGCGCACAGCGAAAAAGGUGA